GUGAAAUAUUAAAAGAAAAAUCCUAUCUGAAGAUUUUAUAGAAGAAUGUUUGCCGGAAUAUGUGGAUGUUGUGGUUCCCUAAGACCUCGCUACAAGCGCCUAGUGGACAACAUUUUCCCCGAAGACAUAAGGGAUGGUCUGGUGAAGUCGGAGAUGGAGAAGCUCACCUUCUAUGUGGUAUCAGCCCCAGAAAAGCUUGACCGAAUCGGGGCAUACCUGGCAGAAAAGCUUAGCAGAGAUGUUGUUAGGCACCGCUACGGAUAUGUAGUCAUCGCUAUGGAAGCUUUGGACCAGCUCCUCAUGGCCUGCCGCUCCCAGAGCAUCAAGCCCUUCGUGGAGAGCUUCCUCCACAUGGUGGCCAUGCUGCUUGAGUCCCCAGAACCAGAUCUGCAGGUCCUUGGGACCAACUCGUUUGUGAAGUUUUCCAGCAUUGAGGAGGACACCCCUUCUUACCAUCGUCGCUAUGACUUCUUUGUGUCACAGUUUAGUGCCAUGUGCCAUUCAACACAUGAGAACCCCAAAACCAGGACCAGGAUCCGAGUGGCUGGAAUCAAAGGCCUGCAGGGAGUUGUGCGAAAGACAGUCAACGAUGAGCUGCAGGCCAUCAUCUGGGAGCCCCAGCACAUGGACAAGCUCAUUCCAUCACUACUCUUCAACAUGCAGGAAGCUGAGGAUGUUUAUAGAGUAGGGCAUGCCAGCACUCCUUCUGCAGUUCAAGAUGGGGAUGAAAACCCAGCCAUGUUAGCAGAGAACUGCUUAAGAGAGCUCCUGGGGUGUGCUGCCUAUGGUAACAUGAACAACGCCAUCCACGCUGUGCUGGUACAUCUGGACAACCAUAACCUAUGGGAACCAAAUGAGUUUGCUGGUUCAUGCUUCAGGAUCAUCAUGUAUUCCAUUCAGGCCCAGUAUUCCCACCAUGUGAUCCAGCAAGUUCUAGGCCAUUUAGAUGCCCACAACAGGGCCACGCCGAAGGUCCGAGCGGGCAUGGUGCAGGUCCUGCAGGAGGCAGUAGAAAUUGCAGCAAAGGGGUCCAUCGGUCCAACAGUGCUGGAGGUGUUCGACACCCUUCUGAAGCAUCUACACAUGAGUGUGGAACUGGAGAAUGGGGUUGGCUCCAGACACAACUCUGAAAGCAGUACCACCUCCAAGACCAAGGAGAGUGAGGAGAAAAUUGUCCAGAAUGCCAUCGUCCAGACUAUUGGGUUUUUUGGUGGAAAUCUGCCAGACUAUCAGCGAGCAGAGGUGAUGAUGUUCAUUAUGGGCAAGUUUCCAGUCUGUGGGGCCCUCUGCCACACCCCACACAUGGUGCAGAUUGGGGAUCAAAGCACCAGAUGCAUUCAGAUCAUGCUGCUGCGCUCCCUCAUUAUGGUGACCUCCGGUUUCAAGGCCAAGACAAUGUCAGCAGCCCUCCCUGCACCCCUCCUAGAUCCUCUCUUUUCUAUCUCCCUGAUGGAGGACAGUGAACUCAGACAGCUGGCCCUGGAGAUCCUGCACAACAUCAUUGAUCGCCAUGACAACAGGGCCAAGCUGCGGGGCAUCAGAAUCAUUCCAGAUGUGGCAGCUUUGAAGAUAAAAAGAGAAAAAAUUUCCAAGCAAGAUAUCAGCUUCAUGAAAAUGCAUGGGCAACAGCUGUACAGACACAUUUACCUGGGCUGCAGGGAGGAAGACAAUGUCCACAAGAACUAUGAGUUGCUCUUUAUCACCCUGGCCCUGAUAACCAUCGAGCUGGCCAACGAGGAGGUGGUCAUCGAUCUCAUCAGUUUGGUCAUUGCACUGCAGGAUUUAGCCUUGUUCAAUGAUGUGAAUAUCUCCAUGUUCAUGCGGUGUGGCAUCAUGGCUCUGGUAGCGAGCUACUUAAACUUCCUCAGCCAGAUGAUUGCCAUUCCAUCUUUCUGUCAGCAUGUGACCAAGGUUCUGGAGACAAGAAACCAGGAUGCACUGUAUCUCCUGCCAGAGCAUAUCUUCAAGGAUAAGUGCUUGUUGCCCAGCACCCUGGAAAAGGGAAACAAGAGCCUGUACUUCCUGACCAGUGAGAUUUCAGAAUCGCUGGCAGGCCUUGGUUACAGUGUCGAUCGGUUGUCAGUGCCGUAUGUCCCACACGAGUCAGAUGAAGAUAGUCUCUCAAAGAGAAAGAGUGUUGUGGACAUUAUCUCCAUCCAAGUGGACCUCCUGUCCAGUAGCCAGUCUGACAAGCCCCAGAUGGCCGAGGAGAUCACCUUCGAGUCUCUGAAGAAAGCCAUCGACACGUCUGCCACAGAAGAACAGGAGAGGAGACGGCAGGUGAUUGAGAAGUUUCAGAAAGCUCCUUUUGAGGAGAUUGCUGCUCAGUGUGAAUCAAAGACAAAAUCAUUGCACAACCAACUGCAAAAGAUCUUUGAGCUUGCAGUCCGACCUCCACCUAGGCCAUCAGGUGCUGUGACGAUCAUAUCGGGCCACGCCCAGUCCGAGUCUGUCCCUGUCUACAAGAUGAAGUUCCCAGACCUCUGUGUCUAUUAGUCCUACCACAUGUCAUGGCAUCUAUAACUUCUUUAUAUAACUGCUUGAUUAAGA